AUGGCACUACACACUGGCACCAUGGGUGGCCUUGGCCAAGUAAAUGGUUCCCUGCUUGAAGCAAACUCUAAUGUUGGGGGCCCAGACCCAUCUCAGGCUCCACCUACUGUCUCCGCCCAAUCUCAACAGCCACCACCGUCGGGUUUCAUGAAAUAUGCGGCCCCUUUUGGUGCACCUCAUCAAGGUCAUACUAACCCUGGUGGUGACCCAUAUGCUAAUGGGGGUGGUGGCGGGAUGAUGCCGACGGCUUAUAGUGAGGAGAGUGGUCAGCCACAGCCUCCACAGCUUCAGCCCCCUCCCAACAUCUCACCAAACACAACUCAACAACAGCAACCUCCAACGGCAGCAACACCAAAUACUAUGCAACAGCAACAGCAAUUUGUUCAGAGCAAUCAACAACAACAACGUAUGAUACAUCCUCCUCCUCCUCCCACAGCUAUUGAUCCAAGUGAGUCCGUCCUCCUGUCUGUCUAG